UUGGUAGCCUUAGUGGCUUUAGGAUCUUUCAAGAGUGAUCAUCUUUUUAUACCUCGUCUCAAUCUUAGGCUGUGGUAUGAGUCUAGUACCAUUAUUUUACUUUAUGGACAUAUACUCCCUCAUGCUAUUAAAGCAUUUUUUGAUGGACAGAGAAUUUCUAUAGCUCACUUUACUCAUGAGUCCUUGUAG